UGGUUUAGUGUCGGGUUGCGUCCCAACGACGUUGUAUCGCGUACUGUUCCGUCGCAUUUGCGUCUGCGCUUGCGCUCACAAAACGGACUGUUUUUCUUAUUCUAACCUAAUACUCCGCGGCUGCAAACUACUCAUACGAUUCUAUGCACAUUAUAUUGACGUAUUGUGAUCUGUGAUAGCGAAUUAUACGAUUUUUUUAUGAAAAUGAACACGCAAACGGGAUGGAGCUCAUGAUAUCAGUGUGUUUAUGUAUCUGCACAGUAUUUACAGUGAUACAUAGUGAUAGUGAUCGACAUUGUGAUACGCGUCUGAUAAGGACAUCCGAGAUUCGUGCAAUAUGAUUUCAUCCCUAAGAUUAAGAGCGUAAUUAUAGAGUCGUAACAGCAAAAAUGCUAAGACUGAUCUCGACUGAUAUCGAUUAGUGACAAGCGCGAGCCUUCCCAAAACGAUUGACUGUUGAAAUGCGGAUAAGGGGGUGGACUUACAGUGCGUGUGUAUAAAAGCGAUGCAUGGUGUGUGAGGUCGGAGCGGCGGUCAUGGACAUGAGCGGAGAGGGCGGCGGCGCGGGCGCGGGGGCGAGCGCGCUGCAGCAGCGGUGGUACGAGAGCCGCGUCAACGGCAGCCCGGCCGCCGGCGACGUCAACUCGGAGGCGAAUGGAGACGGGUUCUUCCAUUCACCCCUAGAAGGCGGACACCACAGCCGCGCCCGCUACUACCAUCAACAAAUGCACGCCCCCUACUCGGCCGCGGUCAGUUCGCACGGUCGAACGCUAAGCGGCAGCAGUGGGCAGGUGUGUCGGCCGCACUUCCACACGCCGCUGCAUCCGUGGUUAGAGUCGAAGGCGCUCGGCAGCGGGGCGUGGGGUAGCGGAUUCCAGCAGGACGCCGCGCCUGCUGAUAAGCCAUUGUCACCUGCGCAACACCACCACCCUCAUCCCCUGUUCUCGUUCCCUCCGACGCCACCGAAGGAUUCAACUCCAGACUCGGUGGCUGCGGCCGCGUUAGGACAGCAGGACUACCAGGCGGCGGUGGCGCACGCGACCGCCAUGAGCGUCGCCUUCAUGCAGCAGCAGCAGGAGUUGCCGCUGUGCGGCGACGUCAAACCUAUGAUGGGGGCGCCGCCGUCGAAGCAGCGCGAAGGUGCGCAGCCCGACUCGUGUCCCCAGGAGUCGAGUCAGCCCUCCGGCGAAUACAACGCGCAAUACAAUGCCGCCGGCGGCGACUACUACAACUACCAGGGGAAAGGGUUUAGUGGGGCUCAGCAGCAGAAUAAGCCGCGGCCGAACAAGACGCGAACGAGCGCCGAGGGUCGGGAGUGCGUGAAUUGCGGAGCGACGAGCACCCCACUAUGGCGGCGUGAUGGUACGGGACACUAUCUAUGCAACGCCUGCGGACUUUACUACAAGAUGAACGGCCAGAAUCGACCUUUAAUCAAGCCCAAGCGAAGAUUGGUGAGUUCGCUACAGAGUGCGGCGCGGCGAGCGGGCACGUCAUGUGCCAACUGUAAGACGACAACAACCACGCUAUGGAGACGCAACCAGAACGGAGAGCCGGUCUGUAAUGCGUGUGGACUCUACUACAAACUGCAUAAUGUAAACCGGCCACUAACGAUGAAGAAAGAAGGUAUCCAAACGAGGAAUCGGAAAUUAAGCAGUAAAAGUAAGAAGAAGAAGGGAGGAAUGGGCAUGGGUGGCGGAGGGGCUUGUGCGUUGGCACUGGGCGGAGUCAUGGGAGACAUGAUCAAACCCUUAGGAGACGGAACCAAAGGCUUCGGAGGUUCUGCUUUUCCUUCUGCUAUGGAUUUCGGUCAACAUCAAGUUGGUUUGGUGCACCCAGCGGCGGCACAUAUGUCACACUGGUACGGGGCGCCGCACCAGGGCUUUGCACCACCUCCGACGUCACACAAUCCCUACCAUCACCAUCACCUCGCGCAACUUAAUUCUAUGACUGGCUGGAGGAGUGAAUACACGUGAUAAGUCUAUCAAAUUCAAUCACUCCAAUUGGAUUUACCUAGAUAUAGUCGUUCCAUACACACAACCGUCUGUGGACGGAUGUAUUGACCUUUGAUACGGGUAUCAGUGAUCACUGAUACUUGGACGCUGUGAUUAAAUACUACAAGACAAAACACUAGUAGUGACUUAUAUAAAAUAUAUCAACACUAAUGACACACAAUUUAUAAGACUGUUGAACUGAAUUGAUGUUUGUAAGUUUUAUAUCUGCAAACACUUCGCAUAGAACGUUUUCUAAGUCGAUGCUAUUGUAGCAGUCAAACCCAGUGAAGACUUUGUUAAUCAGUCCUUUAAAAGUAUUAAGUGUGUUUACAUGAAGUAACUAGCGAAAUUGUACAGUAUUAUAAUAUAAUUUAAGGUCGAAGUCGGCUUAUACGAUAAAUAAGUAUACUUAGUUCAAAGGAUAAUCUGUGUAUUUUGUACAUAUCUGUAAUACCUAAGUUAUACUCCGUUCCUGUAUAUUAUUUGAAUUUUUGUAUUUAAUUUUGAACUGUUCGGUUCGCUAUAGGAAUUGUGAUGUGUUCAGAGAAUUAUUUCCAGAGAUAUUUUUUUUCUUUAUGUACAUUUUAUUUGUGUAGUUGGUAUUGAAUGAAAUGCAAUAGUAAUUUAUGUAUUAAUAGUUAUAAAUUCAUGCGAAUUGUACAUAAUAGCUAUCUUACAUAGUGACAUAAAGCAGAACUGAUUUGUUUUGGAUAUCAAGGUUCGCAAGGUACUAAUGAACAUUUUUUUUUAUUGGUGAAACUGGUCACUGAUUUGGAUUGUAUCGUCAGUAUUAUCUAACUAAAAUAUAGUUUUUUUUGUUAUUAAACGAGCAUUUGUAAAACAUACCGUUGUAAAAGUAAGACGAGUGGCCAUAAUUUGCGAGAUUUUGUCAGUUUGUAAAGUGACUGUAGAACAAUCAAUCUUAAAUAGAUGUAUGUAAGCCUAGACAUUGACAAACAGUUCACUGGUAUUUUCAUACAUAAUCUCGGAACCCCAAAAUGUAAAUAUGAAAUGUAAAUGAAAUUUGUAGACACUAAUAGAGAAUCAUAAAACGACAUUCGACUCAGAAAUCAAGGGCAAUAUAUGAGCAGUUUUUUUUUGGGCAAAAUCGGACUCGGCGGGCACACUGAGAUGAUAUAAGAUCGGCCCGAUUUCGCUACACACGAGACGAUUUAGGAAGCGAUUCAAAGCGCUACCCACCACUACUCUAAUAUUGUCCCUGGUUUUAGUGUCGUGUGUGUACAGUUUUAUAAGAUUAUCGAAAUAAUAUGUAAAUUAGUGAUCACUACAGAACGCCUAUAACGAUAUCCCGUACCUAAAGUUUUUAGUUUUUAAAACAAAACAUUUGUGAAGUUGUGUAUUUUAAAUGAAAUUGUGAAUAAAUUAUCAAUA